AUGAAGGGAUUCGGUGCCUUGACCAAGGGCCAAAACGCUGACGCCAACCUCCUGGUAUUUGGUCGAAACCCCGAAGCGAAUGUCCGACAACUAGAGGCGGCGUGGGGAACGUGUAUACGAUGGGCGGACAGUCGGGGGAUGAAGUUCGCCCCGGAAAAGAGCGAACUGAUCCAUUUCAACAAGGGGCGACGGCAGUGGUCAAACCAGCUGGAACUCACCAGCCCAGGGAGAGGCACCAGCCCCGUCAGACCGAAGGAAUCUACCAGGUUCCUGGGAGUCUGGCUGGACCGGAAGCUCAACUGGAAAGCCCACCUUGCAGCGGUGGAGAGGAAGCUGAGGACCCAGAGCUAUGCCCUGUCGAGGCUAGCGGCGUCGACAUGGGGACUGGGGCUAGCCAAAGCGCGAGAAGUGUACACAAAGUGCAUCCGGUCAGCGCUGGCCUAUGGCGCAUCGUCGUUCCACAUCCCCACGGAUGUGGGAGGCGAGCCGGUAAAGAAAGGCAUCACCAAGGCCCUCGGCAAGGCCCAGAACAAAAGCUUGCGGAUGGUAGCGGGAGCCUUCAAGCACACUCCCAUCCGCAACCUCGAGACGGAGACGUGGGUGCCGCCGUUGGACCUAUAUCUCAACAAACCGCUUGCGGACUUUGAGACCAGACUCCAGCGAACCGACCUAGACGACGGUCAAGGCGGCAAGAAGACCGCAGGGAGCGUUAUUCUUACCACCUGUCAAAGGAUACAGCAGAGACUACGCUCUAAGAGCGGUAACAGCGGCCGACCGCGAACUGUGGGACUGUGGGAGCCCACGGCGGUGGAGGAAGCCGCGAGAACAAUCGCGCGCUGGACGGGGGGGACCGUAGAUACGAACAACGUAGUAGAAGAGGCCUGGAGGGCGAGGCGUGUGGUGUUUGGCCCCACCAUUGACUCGAAGAUGGGAGAGAACUGGAAUUCGGACACGACAGGACUUUUACUCUGUUCUACACGGCAUCAAUCCCACGAUUGCAUGGCUCGCGAGGAGAGUCCUCGACUGGCUGAUGGACUCGGGGAAGCUGCCGAUGUACAACUUAGCCAGGAGGCUCGAGCUGGAAGCGGCGGCCCGAAGCGCCCCCGUUCGGAGGCCAGGGAGGCCUCCUCUCUUUGUAUACGCAGACUCACCAGAACGCAUCGUUCCUUGAUUGUUGGUAUGGGCUUUUCACCCGGCCCGGGAGGGCACGGUUUUCCUAUCAACCGGGUGGCCUACGACGCAGUCGAGAGUGCGGUCGAGAGCCCAAUAAAGCAGCAAUCGGCGCAAAUUUACGGUGACCUGACCCAUAGCCGGCCAACUACCCCGUUGCUUUUCACCGCAGACGAGGAUCUCAACGCUAACUACGAUAUUUACGCCAUCCGCUUUCCCCGCCCGGCCGUGCACACAGGAAGUGAGGACGACGAGGAUGACACUGUCUCCAUUUGCUCCGACGACAUUGACCGCGAGGACCGCUUUGGCUGGUACAACAAUUCCCGCGAUUUCCUCGCCGUUGAAACAAUCCCUUGCCCGUCUUGGGCUCGAUGGAGCAAUGACGGCUCCCGUCUCCCGUUCCAAUUUGUCGAGCUGCCAACAACCUCCGGUAUACGGUCACCACCUCCACCCCCGUUUUCCAAAUGGAUCAAUAUCUGGGACGACGUUCCCUCCAACUUGUACCGCUGCUUCCCCGACCUCGUGUGUUUGCACGUCAUUGACCACGAGCUGACGCUGCGGCCCGACAUCACCGAGUUGCCCGCCCAGGGCCGUAGGUGGCUGACGGGUAGCCCCGACUCGCUGUUCGUGGAAGUGGUGGACCCGACGGACGGCACCUGGGUUUCUGAGCCUCCAGGUACGCCUGACUGGAAGGCCGAGUCAGGCCAGAUGGUGGGCGACUGGGGCGAGUCGUUGCCGUAUGGAGGUUAUAGCUCGGAACAGGAGCGGGAUACUGUAAUAGCAGGGGGUACGCGCCGGAAGGCCAAGUAUCAGCAACCACCAAGUCUGACCACGGUGCUGGAGUAUGUGGCGUAG